AUGCUCUCCCAGAGCACGCACGUUCUUCUCCUCCUCAUCCCCACCGUUCAUUUUCCUCUUAUCAUCGUUUUCUUGUCAUCCAGUUGUCAUUUCGAUCUCUCUUUCUCUCUUCGAAUCUUCACUUUUUCCGUCCGGAAGAAUAGUGAGAAACAAACAACGUCUGUCACCAUGGACACCUACGACUUUCCGGAUCCGUAUCCGGUACAGAUUCGAGCCAGACCGCAGGUACCGCCGAAACCGCCCAUCGAUACUGUCAGAUACAGUAUGAACAACAUCAAAGAAUCCGCCGAUUGGCAGUUGGAUGAACUUCUCGAAGAGCUUGAAGCUCUAGAGACUCAACUGAAUUCCAGCAAUGGAGGAGAUCAACUACUUCUUGGUUUGUUUGAUCCUCAUAAUAUUAUAUUAUUUUUUCUUGUUUUAGGAGUAUCUGGAAUUCCAGCAUCUUCCAGUCGGGACAACGUGAAACCAGUCUCGACACUUCCACCACCUCCACCAGCCCUUUCUUAUCAUGCGACCCAACAACAAAAUCUUCAUCAUCAUCACACUUCCCAUUUAGGAGGUUAUCAAAAUGGUAUUCAUCAGAUGAACUCUAUGACAACCACCACUUCAUCCUGCUCCUCGCCAGAUGGCGAUUCGGCGUUCGGUGACUCAAGUUCAACGGAAUCAUCUAACAAUCGAUGCCGUAAUUCGGCCUUCUCAUCGAACGAUUCCUGCCGUGACUCGUUGAACACUCCGAGCCCCACUCAGGUCUCCCCAAGAACUGGAGAACUAAAUGCAGAAGAAGCAAAAUCACUGAAGAUUCGUCAAGCAUUGGAGAAGAUGAAAGAAGCGAAAAUUAUCAAAAUGUUGGUGAAGUUUUUCGUAGAAGAUGGGCAACCACUCCAGAUGUUGAUUGAUGAGAGAUGGACUGUCGCAGAUACUAUGAAGCAAUUGGCAGAGAAGAAUCAUAUUGCUCUGAUGGAAGAUCAUUGUAUUGUUGAAGAGUACCCAGAACUUUAUAUUAAGCGUGUCUACGAGGACCACGAAAAAGUAGUGGAGAACAUUACCAUGUGGGUUCAGGACUCUCCGAACAAGCUGUAUUUCAUGAGACGCCCGGAUAAAUAUACUUUCAUCUCCCGCCCGGAACUCUAUCUGCUCACUCCAAAAACAUCAGAUCACAUGGAAAUUCCACCUGGAGAUCAGUGGACAAUUGAUGUGAAACAAAAGUUUGUCCAUGAUUAUUUCAAUCGAGAACCAGUCGUCCCACCUGAGAUGGAAGGAUUUUUGUAUUUGAAAUCUGAUGGCAGAAAAUCAUGGAAGAAACACUACUUCGUUCUGAGACCCAGCGGAUUAUACUAUGCUCCAAAAAGCAAGAAACCAACAACUAAAGAUCUGACUUGCCUGAUGAACCUUCAUUCCAAUCAAGUCUACACCGGAAUUGGAUGGGAAAAGAAAUACAAAUCACCAAGUCCAUGGUGUAUCUCUAUCAAAUUAACUGCAUUGCAAAUGAAGAGAAGCCAAUUCAUCAAAUAUAUUUGUGCUGAAGAUGAGAUGACAUUCAAAAAGUGGCUCGUAGCAUUGAGAAUCGCAAAGAAUGGCGCAGAACUUCUUCAAAACUUUGAAAGAGCUUGCCAAAUCCGUCGGGAGACUCUUGGACCUGUUUCCAGUAUGUCUGCUGCCUCCUCUUCCACUGCUAUCUCCGAAACUCCUCAUCCGCAUCAAAGAACGCCUUCCGUUGCUUCGUCUAUUCAACUGAGUUCUCAUAUGAUGAACAAUCCAAACACGACACGCCCACUUUCAGUCAAUGUUAGAAAUCAAUCACCUGCUUCCUACUCUGUUAAUUCAUCACAACCAUCUCAACCAUCACCUUCAGUGGUAUCUCAAAAAUCGGAGGUACAGUAUGAUGAGCAACCGACAGGAACAAUAAAAAGAGCUCCAUUAGAUGUACUCCGCCGAGUAUCAAGAGCUUCCACUUCGUCUCCAACGAUUCCCCAAGAAGAAUCAGAUUCUGACGAAGAAUUCCCUGCUCCACCACCAGUUGCCGCUGUGAUAAGAAUGCCUCCUCCAGUGACACCUCCCAAGCCAUGUACUCCCCUUUCGGCCAAAAAAGCCCCACCACCGCCACCAAAACGAUCUGAAAACACCAAAUUGCAAUCAGCUUCUCCGAUGGCUCCAGCGAAAAACGAUUUGGAAGCUGCGCUGGCGAGACGAAGAGAGAAAAUGGCUACGAUGGAGCAAUAG